UGAAUGGACUGGUGUUGGUCCACCUCAGCCUGUGAUCAGGAUGGUGGGACAGAAGCAACUCUGGAGUCUCCUGGUGGUUUUUUGCACUUGUAGUAUGUUUCUGCCUCUGGCCAGUGCAGAUAUCCACAGAGCCAAUGCCAAGAAGCUGGCACGAAAGGCAGCGGCUGCACAAGCUGCCAUUGGCAGCAACAGAUGGUGCCCUGAAAACGUGUUUGAGUUUCGCUCAUGGUCAGAACUAUUCACUGGAGAGCGUGUUGAUGCCUGGAUCUGCUCUUUGAUUGGCUCAGUCAUGGUUGGACUCAGUGGUAUCUUUCCUCUCCUAGUCAUCCCGGUCGAAGCUGGGGCCUCAUUAAAAUCAAAAGAUGGGUCCCAACGUUUGAAACGGUUGUUGAGUUUUGCCAUUGGUGGGCUGCUCGGGGAUGUCUUUCUCCACCUAUUGCCUGAGGCAUGGGCCUACACAUGCAACAGUAAUCCAGAUGGAAGCCACAGUCGUAAACAGCAGAGGAAGUUGGGAUUGUGGGUAAUUGUUGGAUUGCUUGCAUUUUUCAUUUUGGAGAAAUUAUUCCCAGAUAAAGAUGAGGAUAAAGAGUACCAGAAAAACAUGGAGCCCCCAGUGCAUCAUAAAUUGAACUGUCCAGAGCAGUUUUACAAUGAGCCUUUUGAGACCAAGAAUGGACAUGUCUGUCUAGAUAAGGCAAUUAAACACCUUAAAAAUGGAAAACUCAUUCCCUCUGCUAGCACUCGUCGUAAUGGUUCUUGUGUCCAGCUUAGUAAUGGCCACUGCCGUAACUCCACUCUGCAGCUCAAGGUUUCACCUCAGCCUGUUCAAGUCAUUAAGAUUAGUGGGUACCUGAACCUUAUUGCCAAUGGUAUUGAUAACUUCACACAUGGCCUGGCAGUAGCUGGGAGCUUCCUCGUCAGCAGAAAGGUUGGACUCACAACAACGCUGGCUAUUCUUCUCCAUGAAGUUCCACACGAGGUUGGAGACUUUGCCAUCCUGCUCAGGGCAGGUUUUGAUCGGUGGAGUGCAGCGAAAAUGCAGUUGACAACUGCAUUUGGAGGAGUGUUGGGGGCAUGCUUUGCCAUGUGUGCAGAGUCUCCAGAAGGAGCAGGGGACAGUGUAGCUUGGAUUCUACCAUUUACUUCAGGUGGAUUUCUGUACAUUGCUCUGGUUUCUGUGGUACCUGACCUCCUUCAAGAAAAGGAUGUGUGGAACUCUGUGUGUCAGGUGUUAUUGUUGUGCUGUGGGAUUGGAGUCAUGAUGCUGGUCUCUGCUAUUGUUUAACUGAGGCCCUGGAUUAUCCUGGAUCAGUAGGCUGUUUCAGUAUCACCGAGGGAAAGGUAACUUGCAGCCAGCUUUCUUCAGGCCAUUGAUCAGCAAAAUGAACUACUGUACCAUUGUCGUUCCUCCCCCACCCCAUGUCUCCUGGAAACUGAGUUUGGUCACGGAGACUUGCUAAAUGACUCGUAACCGGCAGUAAAAUGCUGAACCAAAGAAAAUUGCAAUAAGCCAGAUGUUGCACAACUAGGAACAGCCACUACAUAAAUUGAUGGUGCUUCACUGUCAGACAGCGAACUCCUCAGCUUACGUUAUGAGUCAAGUUGUUGCUUCGUUAUAAGUGCUCAGCCAUGUUGAUUUCCAGAUUUGCACAGACUGGUCCUUAUAUCACACUUUUUAUUCAAAAGUAGCAUAGGAAAUGUUGACAGGUGAACUUUGCCAAUUGCUGUUACAUUGUUAACAUGAGAUUGUAAUCUGGAGUUUGCCAUUGCUUUUUGACACAGGUCAGACAUCAAUAGUUAAAAGCACUGUGAUGCUGCAGUAAAUACUGUUGCUGCAGUGCUUCCACUUAGAUGGGUCUGCCCGAAUCUAUGCCCUGCCAAAGUCAAAAAUCCAAAGUCAGUGUGGACGUGUACUGGAGUCGACAGGGGUCAGUAAGCUUCCCCAGAACAAAAUCAUCAAUAAUAGUUGUCAUUUUGUCCUGAUAACAUCAGGAUUAAUGACUCCCUUUUCAAUUAUAUUACUAGAAUGUAAACAGCAAUAAACCCAAGAGGAACUGACUCGAACCGACUCAAUUUCCCACUGGCUCUCUCCAAAUACCCCCCAAAAGCUAUCAGUUUGCCGUAUAUCCCCCGAUCUCGUUUGCCAAACAUUGUCUAGUUUCCUUGAUCUUGUUCGCAAACACUAUCUGUCAGGCCAUCUUGACUCUAAUUGCCAAACACUGUGUGUCUGACCCCCUCGAUCCUAUUCCCCAAACACUGUCUGACCCCUUCAAUCCUGUUCCCCAAAAACUGUCUGUCUAAUCCCCUCGAUAUUAGUCUUCAAACACUACACACCUGACCCCCCCCAAUCCUAUUUCCCAUACAUUAUCUGAGUCUCUCGAUCGUGUGUCUGUCAUAUCCUACUUGCCAAAUUAUUACUUGUCACCAAGAUUUCUACACUUCUUGUAAUUAGAUUGCACAUGACAUAUGAUAAUAGUAUUUGCGGCGGUUAGAUAGCAAAACCAAAAGCAAUGUGCAGUUUCCCAGAUCAUUUGGGGUUUACAACCAUAACUAUGCUUUUGGUGUGUGGCAUCUGCCCAUUUACUACAGUGCAAUAACUAUGCCAUCUGCAAAAUCAAACCUUUUUGCUCGGCACUGCCAUACUAAUGGAAUCAGUUACUGUGUUAGGAAGUAAAGACAUUCCUCAGUCUGUGUGCUCAGAUGAGGGCUAUGGACCGACUGUUAGUACCAGCUGUUAGUGUUAUUGGUGCUGUCUGCUCCAGUGUGAGGCUGUUGCUCAUUGCACGCGACUGAGAUCUUCAGCACCUCACAGCUAUAUACAGACCUAGCGAUAAAAUGAAGCUCUCUGCACUUUCUCCUAUCUCCAGGCACAGAUUUUAUUUUCCUCAUUCUUUUUAAAAAAUUUUAUGUAUUUUCAUUUUACUUGUAAAUAUUUAGCAUGAAAUAUUUAAUAAAAUAUGCAUAUUCAGUU